AUGUCAAAUGCACCAAUAGCGCUUUAUUGGAAAGCACAUAAUACCUGGUUUUGCUAUUUUUAUGUUAGGAUAAGGAAUCGACACAGAAAAAUUCCUUAUCCUAUAUUUUUAAUGGAGUUAUAUAUAAUAGAUAAACCUUUUUUGGACUCUGACUUCCAAGACUUGGGUUGUACUGGAGAUUUGGGUAGUUUGGGCUCAAUUUACUAUAUUAAAGGAAACAAAUUUCAAAAGAUACAGGCUAAUAAUAUGAGCUUAAAAGGUGUUCCGAUUGAUACGGAACUAAUGCACCCUGGUUUACCUGUGACAAUUGAGUGUAAAACACGAUAUAGGCAUCCAAUGUGGUUCUCGUAUGAUCCCGACUUUCACCUAUAG